ACGUCCGGAUAAACAACUUUAAAAACGCUAACGUUAAUCAAAAUGUAAAAAUAAAAUUAUUUUACAUCAAGUGCCUUGAAGUGAUUUAAAAAUAAUUUAAUUUGAAAGGCAAUAAUUCUCUGAACAUAUUCAUACAAAAAUGGAAUAAUUCGGCUGACAUUAAGCGAUGUUAUGAGUGAAAAACUAUUGCGAUCGCCCGGAACAAACCGGAAGUGGACCAAAUUAUCAUAGAAAUAAAUAUGUUUGAUCUAAACAAAGCUAGAGAAUUGAGGAAACAACUAAAAGCAGCAGAAAGGGAAGGUAGUGGACUUAAAAAUGGAAGUGGAAUCUAAUAAUUGUGAAAACAAUUAUUCUAAUGAAGAUCAAGUUUCUACAAAAUGUGAUGGGAAUAACAAACACAAAGAAAAUGAAGUCUUUGAAUUGAUACAUAAAGACGGUGGGGGAAUCUUGAAAAUCAAUGCCGGUGUUCGGCCAACAAGUGUACAAAGUGUUCGGGAAACCGUAACAAAAGUUAUGGACGUCCGGCCCAAAUCAGGCAAAAGUCUCUCUUUCCAGCUAGGUACCGGGAGAGUAACACCAGCACUGUCUGUUUCUACCGCGGACUUUCAAUUCAAGAAGCGAGAUGUCAGAACGCCGAUCUCCGCUAGACGUUUUACAAGCUCUGUUGCCGAGACUAUGAGUACAAUUACAGAAGUGAAGAUGUCGAGAGAUGGGGCACGAAGUCCGACUCCCAACGCAAUUACCGAGAUCGAAUCGGCUUUUCAAUACUUGGAUCCGGACAAAACUGGUUUCUACAUUUGGAGGAUACAGGGGACAAGCUUGCACUGUGUUGAAGAUACAUCGUACGGUUUCUUUCAUGAAGGCAAUGCCUACAUCGUUCUUAACAUAAACAGAGAUGGUGAAAAGUCAUUACAUUGUUGGACUGGUGGAUGUUGCACUGAAAGAAAUGCAAAAUUUGCAAUGGACAAGGCUGAAAAGUUGGACAAGAUUGUUGGAGCAGCUCAUAUUUGUUCAAGAGAGGUACAAGGCAACGAAUCUACUGCAUUCUUCAGACUUUUCCCUGACGGUGUUAUAUAUAUCGAAGGCAGACAUAAAACAAGCCCGUCUAAAGCAUCUUGCUAUGAGAAGAGGAUGUAUAUUGUAACUGGGCGGAAAUACGCAAGAGCAGAAUGUGUUCGACAAAGAAAGGACUAUUUGACGGCAGACUCGCUCGUUAUACUUGAUAACUUUCCAAGAAUUUAUGUAUGGAUCGGCAGAAAUACUGAAUAUACUCGACGUAAUAAGGCAAUACGUAUUGCCAGAAAACUUCAGUUAACUCAAAGGCGGUCAAGAUGUCACGUUGUGAUCAUAGACGAAGCAGACGACAGUCUAUGUCAAGCGUUCAAGAGAAAGUUUGACGAUAUAGAUUUCCCGAACCCAGCUAAACGUGAAACAGAAGUGGAGAAAAACAUAUCGGAUGUUGAAGAACCCAACCUCGUUCUAUACAGAAUUUCCGGUGAUCGAGUUAUGUAUGACAUGCCGGCGGCGUCAAAGCGCCCCCUGAAUCAAUGCUAUCUAACAAAACGUGACAGCUAUCUGCUGGACAGAGGCAAGGAUAAAACAUUGUUUAUAUGGGUAGGUUCUGAAGCAAAGGAAGAGGAUGUUCACGACGCCUUAAAGAGAGCUAAGUUAUUUUCAACACACCAUAAUUAUCCGACAGAAAGUUCAAUAUGUAGAAUACGUGAGAACCACGAACCUCCAGAAUUUAAACGGUGCUUCUGUGACUGGAAAGAAAGAAUUUCAAAAGAAAUGUCAUUAACCAAACGUUAUAGCGCAGGGAAUAUAGGACGUGCUUUGUUUUCUCGCACUGAUAGAAGAACAAUUGCCACAACAAAAGAGUGCUGGUCAGAAGACACCCUUGGAGAAUGGAGAAAAAAUACUCAGGUAUGGGUGUUGAACAACAAUAAGUUAGAAGAGUGGGAGCACAUGGGAUUGUUUACCAACAGUAAAUGCUUCAUUCUUCUCCAUACAACUAUAGAAAUGUCUCACUACCAGUUCAUCAUAUACCUAUGGAUUGGCAGCAAAAGUACGCAAGAGGAUGAAGAAAGACUUGUAGAGUUAGCCGAGGAGAAGAAUAAUCAACUAGAAAAUAGAGGUGUUCAGAUUCGUGUACUUGACCAUAAAGAACCCCAACAUUUCUUGACGGCACUUCAAGACUGGAUGAUUGUAUAUGACGGUGAUGAAACUAAUGCUAGCCGAGAAGGAAACAUCAAAUUGUUCUGUGUGAGAGAUUUCGGAGAACGUGCUACCAGAAUACAACAGGUUGCACCGGCUUGGGAAAACUUGAACAGUUCUUCCUCUUUUGUAUUAUUAACAGACAGUGGUGCUUAUCUUUGGUAUGGCAAGAACUCAGGAAGUACGGAGAGGGAGGCAGCUAAACAUUUACUAAGUAUACUGUGUUCGUCAAGGAUGUUUUCGUAUGAGAUAGCGAUGGAAGGUAAGGAACCAGCUGUGUUCGUGACUCUGCUUGGUGCCAGGUCGGCUUACGAGGAAGAAUAUAAAGAGAAGAGUCUAAGCAAACGUCCUGCAUGUUUGUUACAUUAUAACCAUAAAUCUCACGUAGCGGAACUUAUUGAUGAUUUCCAACAAGAGGAUUUAUCAGAAGAAGGUGUUUAUAUUCUGGACACAUAUAGCCAGGUAUUUGUAUGGUGUGGUGAAAGAGUUGACAGUGGUACGAGAAAGAAGUUGUUUACUUUGGCAAAGGACUACAUAAAGCAGGACCCAGCAGGCAGACAAUUUGAUCUGGUCUCAGUCUGGCUUGUUUCCCAAAGAACUGAGCCGUUCUCUUUUACCAAACACUUCACCACAUGGAAUGCUCUUGGAUACGCGGGUCGCCAUGCAUAUGAAGUUUUUAGGAAACGAGUUCGUCAAGAAAAUGCUAAAAUAGACGUGCAUCAAAGUGUUGUUGAUACCAGCUUUCUAAAGCAACCAAAAUAUCCAUACAUAACAUUGUUGAGAGCAGACUUGCCUCAUGAUGUGGACGACACUAACAAACAGAAUCAUUUAUCCGAGAAACAAUUCCAGGAGCAUUUAAAGAUAAGCAGACUAGAAUUUUAUCGUCUGCCUCUAUGGAAGCAGUCUCAGAUAUUGAGAUCAGCCCGCCUUUUCUACAGCCCGUCACUCACAACAAAACCUUUCGUACCGUUAGAGAAUUGACUUUUAGCUUGCCGGAAUGGACCACAUUAGCCUUUGUAAACAUGGUACCAGACCGUGUACCUCAGCGCCUGGUCGGGAAUGACAUCAUUUAUGUUUAUUCGGAUAAAAUUUAAAAAAAAAUCAACAACAACAACAACGUCAAGCAGACGACAUUUUAGCUGACAACAAUUUUCUCAGCAUGCGAAGGGUUAAGAUUCUAGGAUGAAUGACACUAUAGGAAAACGUUUCUUACAAAAAGAUGAGUUUAUUAAAACGGAAACACUAAAUCACAUUAGCAGACGACAUCGAGUGAAAUAUGAGUUAUACAUCAAAAUUUUGUUAUUUAUUUUAUUUAUUAUUUAUUUAUUUCUUUAAAAAGACAAUUUUGCUAAUUUUAUGCUUAAAUAUAUGAAUGACAAAUUAAAGUUGAUUUAUUCUUAUAUUAUGAACUGUAUGUAUUGAUGCAUAGUUCUUUGUUUGACAAUUUGCUUGUCUAUAGAACAGACAAAUAUAAUAAGUCAUGCAGACAUUGCUUUUAUUUGACUAUUAUUAUGAUAAUUUCACUUUGAUUAUCAAAGUGUUGGACGAUUUGGUUCUUUUUUUUCCAAAUGGUAACCCUGUCUCAAUUUUCCUUUACACAUGCCCCUCGGUAACCAUGUCCCAUUAUAUCUUAACACUGUAUUCAUCUGAUCUCACUAAAUUACUCAACCUUGACUUAUUAUCUCUUUACAUGAUUACCUUGGCCCAUCAACUAUUUUCACGACAACCGUGACCUAUCGUCUCUUUACACGGUAAAGGUGGCCAAUUAACUCUUUAUACGACAACCGUGGCCUGAUAUCGUUUUACACGGUACCCAUGACCCUUAUAAUCAUCAACCGACCAUCGUGACCUUUUAUCUCUUUACAUGGUAACCGUGACUGAUUAUUUCUUUGAAAUAUUGUCUUUCUACCCGAUAACCAUACCCCAUUUUCUAUUCACACGGUAAAUGUGUCACAUUAUCUCUUUCCAAGUUAACCUUGACACCCUCUUAGUACUUGGGAACCGUUCCUAGCUCUUUUUUUAACACGGUUAACGUGCCUCAUUUGCAUAGUACUUAAAGGUGUGCUUCCGAUUUCUUUAGAGUCACUAUCGUUAUAAAUUGGUGCUUAGUUUGCAGUAGUACAGUACAGUGAUACCAUAAACUUAAUAUUUCAUACAGUCACAUGUUUUUCAUUAGCGACGAGUCUUAAUAAAAAAUAACUGGCUGGUUGAUUUAAAUGUAAAAUAUACAUAUUGUUUUUGUUUAGUUAUAUACUAAGUGUAUAUUGAAUAAAACUGAUUCAAACGCUU